AUGACUGACGUUGAAGAUGCUAAUAUUGUUAAGUCAAUCGAAGAAAAUAAGAGCGCAGAGAAGAGUAGCGGUAAUAUAAACAUUAAAGAAGAAGGAGUAAUUGUUAAGAAAGAGGAUGUGGAAUGUAUGCUGUGUGUUGAGCGAUGCGGAGAAGUUAUUGAUAUUAAUACACGGACUCACGCUGGAACCCUGUUACAUGAGUAUCUCGCAAAGUACACACAAGUAGACAUUACAGCAGAAAAUACCUCUAAGCAAAUAUGUAAGAAUUGCUUUGACCUUGUAGAUGUAUUAGAGCAGACAGAAGCUGAGUACCUAAAAUUAAAAGUUACAUUUGAAGGUAUUAUUAGUAAAAAUCCACUAUUUGAUGCUCAACUGUCUUCUAUCGACGUAGUUAAGCGUGAGAAUAAUCUACAAGCAAUAAACCAAGACUCUUCUGAUUCAGAAGAUGAACCCCUUUCAUUAACGAAAAAGAAAAGAAUACCAAAAUCUGUGACACGAAAAAUCCCUGAUACCCACCUAAAUAAAAAGAAGACUGUUAAAACAAGACGUAAAUUAAAUGAGGAAAGCUGGGAGUGUAAAGAGUGUGAUGAACAAGGCAAUAAGGGAGGUCAGGCUGGACUUGUUUCACACAUGCUGUUAAAGCAUAUGGGUCCACUACAAGAUGAAGUCAUAAAAAAAGAAAACAAUGACAAAAGCCAUGAUAUUGAGCUUGAUGAUAUGUUAAAAGUUGAAGAUGAUGGGUUUGGAGAUAAUGAUGACGAGGACUACAUUCCUGAACCGGAAGUUGAAGAUAAAAAUGAAGCAGAUCGUACAAAGGGAAGAGGGCGAAAGAAAGGUGCACGCAAUAAACCAAAACCAAAGAAGCACUUCUAUUGCGAUAAAUGUCCGUCCAAGUUCACAUCGCCUGUUCGUCUAGAGCAGCACAAUAAAAGGCAUGAGGCGGAAGGAAAGCCGCCCUUCAUUUGCGAAGUGUGUGGGGCACACUACAAGCACAAGAGGGCGUGCGAUAUACAUGUAGCACUACACAAAGGUAUAAGCGACUGGAAAUGUGAGGAAUGUAACAAGUUGUUCCCGUCCAAAGGCGCGCUGCAGCGACACAAUAAUAUUCACACCGGAAAACUUAACUACCAGUGCGACCUCUGCGGCAAGUCCUUCAUUCACACGUCGUCCUUCAAGAUGCACAAACUCUCCCAUUCGGGGGUUAAACCCCACGCGUGCGAUGUGUGCGGUCUGGCCUUAAUGACGCGUUCGCACCUCAAACGCCACAAGCGCGUACACAGCGGGGAGAAACGUCACGAGUGCGUACUUUGCGGAAAGCGGUUUUCGGAACGGUACAAUUUACUAGCGCACGCAAAAUCACACGAUCCGCACGCAGCUAAUCCAAGUCAUCAGCCGGCAACCGAACGGCGUCGGAUGUUCCGAUGUCCGUACUGUCAAGAGCGGUACGAGAGGAGGUAUUUGUUGGAACGCCACGUGUCGACUUCCCACGGCCGAUCCUUGGAACGGCCACCAGCCACGCCCCGUAAUACAAUGAGUAAGCUGCUCAAGGCGCAGGCGCAGCGACGAGCUGCAGCGCCUCUAACGGAUGAUACAUACAAUUCGGACACAAAAGAGUCGCAAAGUCCUGAAGCGCGUUCUUCGCCGGCCACUGCGCAUAAACUCACGCAAAACACUUCAGCGGACCCGAUCAGUGCCUGGACCAACGCGUACGCUGCGGAGUUUGGGUUAAGACAGGACUAUGCGCAAUGA